CCUUCUCACGUACCCUUUUACACAAACCAAACCUCAUUAUGGAAGAUAUAAAUGCAGAGGAAUCCGCAAACGCAUUUCUUGCCCAAAAGGCAGCUUUAGAAAGACGCUGGCAACGAAUACUAGAUGAUACCACACCGUUUGUACAUUAUCGCUGGAUUGGUUUUGGUGUAGCGUUGUUACUUUUUAUGCUUCGCAUUUUGAUCGUACAAGGAUGGUACAUUAUCACCUAUGCUUUGGGUAUCUACUUGCUUAACUUGUUCCUGGCAUUUUUGACGCCCAAAUUCGACCCGUCGUUGGAGUUGGAUACGCAGGAAACUGAGAUGGAAGAAGGCCCUUCUUUACCAACAAAGGCAGAUGAAGAGUUCAAGCCUUUCAUUCGAAGAUUGCCAGAAUUCAAGUUUUGGUACUCUGCAACGAGAGCUACGGUGAUUGCCAUUUUCUGCAGCUUUUUCAGCGUAUUUGAUAUUCCUGUGUUCUGGCCCAUCCUCUUGAUCUACUUUUGCAUUCUAUUUGCAAUCACGAUGCGGCGACAAAUCAAGCAUAUGAUCAAAUACAAGUAUAUUCCUUUUGACUGGGGAAAGAAGAAUUAUGGUCCUGGCACCAGUCGAAGCAGGUGAUUUGCUUUGUAGUCGCCGACGUUGUCGUCUUCUGUCUGCUUGAUGAUAACCAGAGAAAUCUUAUAUAAAAAAAUAAUACUGAAAGGGUUGUAUAUGGCUUUUUUGUACUUUUAGCGGUUAUAUAGACGUGGCCGCAUCGUAAUAUAUUUUCUUUUAGCUUGUGGAUUUGAAAUGCUUCUAUAGGUUAUUGUCUCCGGGAUCAUAUACGGUUGUUGAAUAUGCUGUCAUUUCAUGGACGACAAGAUGGGAGGAAAGGGAAGAGAGAGAGAGAGAGAGGGGGGGGAUAUAUAAUAAGUUCGAGCAUAUUGGGCCACUUGUAGCGUUCAU